UCCUCUCCCCGCGGCCGGUGCAUGCGGGGCGCUGGGGGCCGAGCUCGGGUCCCCCGCAGCCACCGGAGCGAGUGACCCGCGGGGGUCUUGCGCAUCCCCGCCAUGUCCUCGUCCAGCUCCUCGCAAACCCCCCCGUCCCACCACCAGCCCCCGCCGCAGAGGAUGAGGCGCGGCGCCGCCGGGUCCCCCACCGCCGGCACGGCCGGGGGCCCUGGUAACAGCGCCGGGGGAGGCUCGGCGGGGACCAGCCGGCUGCUCCAGCCUAUCCGAGCCACCGUCCCGUACCAGCUCCUGCGGGGCAACCAGCACAGCCCGACCCGGUCCCCCUCCGCCUCGGUGGGCAGCAACACGGGGCCGGGGGGCGGCGGCGGGGGUCGCGGCGGAGGCAGCUCCCCACCGCCGCCCAGCGCGACGCCGCCGCUGGCAGCGGGCGGCGGAGCGGAGCCGGGCAGGGUGAAGGGCAGGCAGCGGCGGUCGCCGGAGAGCGGUGGCAGCAGGAGGAGCAGCUCACCUGAGAGACGGAGCCCCAGCUCUCCGGUGUACAGAGUGGACAGGCCAAAAUCCCAGCAAAUCAGAACUUCUGGUACCAUAAGGCGAACUUCUUCUUUGGACACAAUAACAGGACCUUACCUCACAGGACAGUGGCCACGUGAUCCCCAUGUACACUACCCUUCAUGUAUGAAAGAUAAAUCUACGCAGACACCCAGCUGUUGGGCUGAGGAGGGAGCAGAAAAGCGAUCACAUCAGCGCUCAGCAUCAUGGGGAAGUGCUGAUCAGCUGAAAGAGCAGAUUGCCAAACUGAGGCAGCAGCUUCAGCGCAGUAAGCAGAGCAGUCGUCACAGCAAAGAGAAGGAACGGCAGUCGCCUCUCCAUGGCAACCAUAUAGCAAUCAGUCAGACUCAGGCUUGUAUUUCCAGAUCUGUCCCUAUGCCACUGUCAAACAUUUCAGUGCCAAAAUCAACUGCUUCACGUGUGCCGUGUAAUGUAGAAGGAAUAAGCCCUGAACUGGAAAAAGUAUUCAUUAAGGAAAACAGUGGAAAAGAAGAAGUAUCCAAGCCUUUGGACAUCCCCGACGGUCGAAGGGCGCCGUUGCCUGCUCACUACCGCAGCAGCAGUACCCGAAGCAUUGACACGCAGACUCCGUCUGUCCAGGAGCGCAGCAGCAGCUGCAGCAGUCACUCACCUUGUGUCUCCCCCUUUUGCCCUCCUGAAUCUCAGGAUGGGAGUCCCUGUUCAACAGAAGAUUUGCUCUAUGACCGUGAUAAAGACAGUGGGAGUAGCUCACCGUUGCCCAAGUAUGCCUCAUCUCCCAAACCAAACAACAGCUACAUGUUCAAACGAGAGCCCCCAGAGGGAUGUGAGCGAGUGAAGGUCUUUGAGGAAAUGUCGUCUCGUCAGCCUGUCUCAGCCCCUCUCUUUUCAUGUCCUGACAAAAACAAGGUUAAUUUCAUCCCAACCGGAUCAGCUUUCUGUCCUGUAAAACUUCUGGGCCCCCUCCUUCCUGCUUCAGACCUGACGCUGAAGAACUCUCCAAACUCUGGUCAAAGCACAGGUUUGAGCACCCUGACUGUUGAGCAGCUUUCGUCUCGGGUCUCUUUCUCAUCUCUGUCAGAUGACACCAGCACAAUGGACUCCCCAGAGAUCCCGGUACAGCAACCGUCCCAGCAGCAGCAGCCGCUUUUGCAAGAAAUUCAGACUGAAGAGCAUUCCUCUCCUCAGAGCUACGUGUUAAUCUAGAGCAAGGUGGAGCAGGCCUCUGCCCCGAGACAAGGAGUGAGGAGAUCCUAGUUCAGAUACAUCUGCAUGAGGUGGCAAUCUUUCAGAACACCACGGAAUACUUAGCAGCAUUCAAAAAAAUAUCUCAACACUGUUCUUGGCAGGGACAGAAUCCAAAUUCAGCAUUUUUUGGUGAGAAAGCAGUAAUGCCUGCAGAAUCCAUAUUACAUUAAGCAUUUUCAGUGGAGACUAUGCAUUUCAUAGUACGUUUGACCAGAUUAGUACUGUGUCCUGUGUUCUGUUUCAAAUUCUACAGUAUAAAUAAGCUCUCUCUAUAUAUAAAAAAAUGUUGCCUGUCUGAAUAGAAAAUGUCUUGCUGUGUUGUGUCCUAUGGAAAAUACUGUACUUCAGGAUUAUGUUUACAAUUGAUCCAGGUGUUUGUUUCUAACUUCUGUAAUACACACAAUGCAAAAAAAAAAAAAAAUGGCCACAGCAGUUGCACAGUGCCCACCCUAUGGCCUAGCUUCAGGUACUUCUCUUGAAGUGUAAACUCAGGUAACUUGGAAUGUAUAUCAUAUUGGAAUAUAAAAUAUUUUACAGCUACAAAGCUAAAGAGGGAACAUCACUCUUUUGCCUUUCCUUGUUUUAUGCAUUAUAUUUCCUCAUUACAUUCCACUUUCUUGGAAUAAGUGCAUUCAGAUCCAGGUGAAUGAUGACCCUGGACAUGGGUGAACAUGAGGAGAACCAGCAAAUCUGUGAUGUAUAUCACUUUGUCAUGUGCUUACAAGUAAAACAACUGUUGCAUUUACUGUCAUUUCAAUAGAUGUAAAAGUGUGGCAUUUAAAGGUUUCAGGUGUUGCUCAGUUAAUGACUGUUAAACUGUUGCAAAUAAAGUGUUCAGUACUAGGCUGUACAUGAGAAACAUUCCACAUUGUGUGUGAGAGGAUUUUGAAAGACAAGAAUGUUUUUGUUAAAGAACAGAAAAUCUUUCAGGUUUCAUGGGGGGCGAUUGGGGAUUUCCUCUCAUGGUUUUUGUUGGCAGUUAAGGAUGUGAAAUGCUACUGUUACCGUCUAAAAGUCAAAUUAAUGUUUAGUUUCUCUUUUGGAAAUGUUCAUUCAUUUGCUGGUUGGAAAUAGGUUUUCAGAUUUUGUUGACCAGUGUUAGAUGAGCAGCGUUUUAUUUAUGUACUGAGUAAUUGUGUUUGGAUGAAAGUCCAGAAGUAGCAAGUCGGUGUUCUAAGAGGGGUGGGGAAAACAAUAGUUUUAAGUUCAUGUUACUUAAAGCUUCUCCCAUAACUUUCAGUUACUUAAGCUGUGUGUGUAAAAGUGUGCUUUCCCCCCUCCUUAAGUGUGAAUAAAAGAAAAAUCCAUGUAAAAUAA